AAGGGCGCAAGCAUGAACGAUCCAAACCGCAAAAUAGAAAUUGAUAAAUCUUCUUUGCUCAGUUUGAAGGCGGAAUUGCUACGCAAACAGGAGGAAGUGGGACGAGCCAAAGCAUCAACUUCUAUUGAGGAUUUUGUGCCGAAAAAGGUCCCCAAACCGGAAAAGGAUGCAUCCUCGGCACGCAAAGAACGUCGCGAAAAGCAAGAUAAAUCGAAACCCAUCGUCACAGAAUUGGAAGACUCGGCACAGCUCGCACGAUCAAAACAAAUGUUACAGGCUAAAGCGAAAUACUACGAUCGGAUGGUUGCAGCUGGCGGAUCGCUAAAUAGUGAUGAAAACAGUUUGGUGAUGUUCAACAAAAAGAAACAGGAUACUAAACCUGCUUACACGCUGUCCAAUGAAUCUCCCCGAGAGAGCAGUGCUAGUUCCAGUUCUUCCGAAAGUGAAGACGAAGGUGGAGAUAACAAAUGGGUUGAAUACACCGACUGUUUGGGACGUACGAGAAAGUGUCUUAAAGAAGAUUUGAAAAGCUGUUUAGCGCGGGACCGGGAGCUUGCCAAAUCGAUGGAACCGCGUGAUGGACAGCGUAGAGAAGACAUGCAGCAAGGCCCUGCUAAAGUAAAAGAGCCCGUUGAUAGUGCUAAGCUGGAGAAAAUCAUCGAUCAGCAAGAAGCGGUGGAUGAUGAGGAAGGAGAAGAAGGAGAGAUCGUUGGUCCAAUGCCUCCGUCGAUGGGUCAAAUUGGUGGCACAGAUAUUGGUGAACGAUUCCGCGAGAUGAAAGAGCAGUGGGCUGAACAGGAAGAAGCUAACCUGGAGAAGGAAUCCAUACACUAUCAGGAUGUGCUAUUUGAUGAGGCACGAUUACACGGUGUUGGCUACUAUGCAUUCUCCACCGACCAGCAGGAACGCAACCGACAGCGGGACGAGCUCGACUCGAUACGCGAGUCAACGUUGGAAGCACAAAAGGAACGCGAAACGCUUCGCAAGGCACGUGACAAACUGAUAGCGGAUCGCGUUAAAGCUGCCCGUGCCCGUCAACGCGCACGCCAAGGUUUACCGCCCGAGGCAGAAGAUGAUGCGGAACAGUCGAACAGUAAAGCCACCGAAUCCGCCGAUCAGCUGUUCGAUUCGGUGGAACAGAAGCGCCAACGAAAGGCAGAAGAAAAGCAGCGCAAAAAGAAGGAAAGGGAAGAACGGCGCAGGGAGCGUGAACGGGCGGACCAUGUACGGCCAUGGGAUGAAGGGAAGGAGCAACGUGCGGAAGAUAAGGAGUGGGUUCCGGCAAAGGAGCGAUUCGUCCUAUCACAGCACGAAUGGAACGAGAUGAAGCGUAGUGAACGGAUUGCAGAAUUUGCUCCACCACCAUCUGGUAGACCGUUUAUCGGUGGAGGUACAGGGACACAACGUAGUCCCGAUCGGGACAGUGCAUCCGAUUCCGAUGUGAGUGACAGCGAGGAAACAGUGGUUGGUCCACUGCCACCAACGAUGAUGACGCAUUCCGAACCGGUGCCGGAGGACAUUCCACUACCGGAGGAAGAAGAUCCCGCCCGAAGGUCACUAUUUUUUACCACAAAAAAGAAUCCUCCUAAAAAGGAGCUCAAGCGGCGCAAUUUGAAUGCGGUUGAAAUGGUAUUGCCAACAAAGAAGCAAUCCACUCCGGUGCCUAUUGUUAACGAACUGUGUGACGCGGAGGUGCCGGAUGGUGAAAGGGAAUGUCCGGUGCCGGAACGGAGAGGCGUUGAGAUAGAGCCUCCGGCGACUUACGAUUACUACGGACCAGUCGAUGGUGCUGGAGGGCAUCGAAGACAGGGCGGAAGAGGGGUCGCGCCGGAAAACAGAUCCAAUCUGGAGGCUUCUAUAGAGGCGGGAUUGAAGUUUUUGCGCAAUCAAUCGGACAAAUCGGGCGGUCCUGGUACGAAAAAUCGGUGGACUUCGAACGCGGACUAUUAAGUAACAAGACACGG